AUGGAGGCGCCGCCGGACUCCUCCGUCGCCCCGGCCGCCCCGCCCGCGUCCUCCCUCCCUCCGCCCGUCGCCCCGCCCCCGGCCUCGGCCUCGGCGACGCCUGCGCCGGCCCCGUCCUCGCUCCCUCCGCCCGCGCCGGAGGUGCCGUCGGUUGUGGCCGUCGGCGCGAAGAGGCGGCAUGCUGGCCAGCAUGUCGUCCUCCCCCAGCCCGCCCCGGCCGUCGCCUCCGUCGCCCCGGCCGCAGCGGCGCAGAAGGUGAGGAAGAAGCCCUCCCUUGGGUCGAAGGGGGCAGCGGCGCCGAAGGUGAAGAAGGCCACCUUCAGGAAGAAGCCGAUGCCCGCCCCGGCCGCCCUGGCCCCCGCACCUCCGCCCGUCGUGCACGAGGUGCUCGACGGAAUGCCUGCCCCGCCAAUGUCGUUCAUGGGGCUUCUCGAAGAAGCGGAGGUGGACAUCGGGGCUCCUUCUCUCGAACCCUUUGGGUUUGGUGAUGACUUGCAGGAAGAGGGUGAUGAGGACAAGGAAGGGGAAGAUGAGGAGGAGGUGACCGAGAUAGAGGAGGAGGCGUUCGCCGCCGUUGCAAAACCCACCGUGCGCUCGACAAACUAUAGCGAGGACGAAGAUAUUCUCUUGGAGGCAAUUGCCGACUUGAGGUACAAGGAGAUGGCUGCUUCCAAGGGCAAAGCAUUCCCAUUUAAACAUGUUUGGAAAAUUCUUCAAACUUAUGACAAGUGGAAGUUGAGGGAUCAAGAGACCGCACCCAAGAAGUCGGCAAUGCUUAGGAUGGAUGAUAGUGAAGAGGAGGGAAGGAACGAGCACAACAGGAAGGAUAAGCUAAGGAAGAAGAUGGAAGGAGAGGUGUCAAGCAUAAGGGAGAAGAUAGAACAUAUGAUGAAGUCAAGGGAGGCAUUGACAAUGAAGACAUUGGAGACAAAGCUUCUUAUCAACAAGAAGAAGAAAAAGGUGAAGCUUGCACAAGUUGAAGCAAGGCGUGAAGAUGCCAAGCGCAAGGCCGACUUGGAGGAGAGGAUGAUCAAGGUCAAAGAAGCAAAGGCAUGGAAAGAACUCAUGGUGGAAGAGAAGGAGCACAUGAUGAUGUCCAAGAAGGACAUGGAUGAAGACCAAUUGAUGUGGUGGAAGGAGUACAAGCAGGACAUCACGGAGAGGAAGAGGAUAUUCCGUGGUGCGUCCUCUACUCUUCGAGGUGACACUCCGAUGAGUGGUGGUGGCGACGGCGGUGUGGAGGACUCCACCAUCGGCGACAAUGGAGGUGCUUGA